AUGCGCUGGCUCACACCGUCUCGCGUCCUGCCCUCCCUCCUCCUAUCGGCCCCGUUGGCCAUCGCUGCCAUCACAAUCAGUCUCCAGGAUGCGGGCUCUUUCAAGUCUGCUGCUCAGGCAGCCGCCGCCUCUUCCGUUACAAUGUACAACAACCGAGACAGCAAGCUGAUUCCGGGCAAAUUCGACGGUACGUGGUGGGAGGGCGGUGCUUUGUUCACCUUCUUGAUUAACUAUUGGCAUUGGACCGGCGAUGACCAGUACAACGAUUUGGUCAUCCAAGGUAUGUCAUGGCAAGGUGGCCCCAAUCACGACUUUUUCACUUCCAACUAUAGCAGCUACCUGGGCAACGACGAUCAAGAGUUUUGGGCGCUCGGAGCUAUGACUGCCGCCGAACAAAGGUUUCCUGAAGAUCCAACUCCUGGAAGCGCAUCUUGGUUAGAGUUGGCCCAAGGUGCUUUCAACGAUUUUGCUGGUCGCUGGGACGUCGAUAAAGCAUCGUGUAAUGGCGGCCUCCGCUGGCAGCUGUAUCCUAUCCUGGGAGGAUACGACGCUAAGAAUGCCGUCUCUAAUGGCGCUUUCUUUCAACUGGCUGCACGCCUCUAUCGUUAUACAAACAACGAAUCCUACGCCAACUGGGCGGAAACCGUAUGGGAUUGGAGUGUGGAGUCGGUGCUCUUUGAUAACAAGACAUGGUAUAUCAAUGACAUGACCCACAUAUCACAAAACUGUCAGGACAAGAGCAAUAUGCAAUGGUCUUACAACUAUGGCUCCUAUGUCGCCGGUGCCGCUUACAUGUACAACAAGACAGACGGUGGGGCCAAAUGGAAAGAGAGCGUGGACGGCCUACUCAACUCUAUCUGGACCAUAUUCUUCCCCGAACAGUAUGGUGGCAACAUUCUAUCCGAGGCAGCUUGUGAUCCCAUCAUGACAUGCGAUCGUGAUCAACUGUGUUUUAAAGGCCUAAUGGCAAAUUGGCUAUCAACAAUCGCACUUCUGGUGCCGGAUCAAGCUGCCACCAUCACCACAAAGCUGAAAUAUUCCGCGGUUGCAGCGGGAAAGCAAUGUAGUGGCCCUGAGAAUGAUUGCGGUAUGCAAUGGUUCAGCUCCAGCUGGGACGGCAGCAAAGGUAUUGAACAGGAAAUGUCCGCUCUCAGUAUAUUUGCCAACUCUCUCGUUGCCUUCGGACCAGAUGGGGCUUCUUACACACCUCCCUCGAUCCCUGGGCCCGUUACCGCCGAGACUGGUGGUAACAGUAGUAGUAACCCAUCCGGUGGUACCCAGUCCUCUGGAGAAUAUCAGCCUCCCAAACAGGCAGCCAUUACAGCAGGUGACCGUGCAGGUGCAGGUAUUUUAACCUUGGUGUUUUCCGGCUGCUGGAUUGCCAUGAUAGCGUGGCUACUCACUGGAGAUUUCUACUAA